UGUUGUCCUUUUCCCUCAGGAGGACAUCCCCCACUACCUCAUAAGCAGUCUAUCUUUUAUCAAAGAGGAUCAUAUAGAGUGGAAGCUGCCAUAAGAGCACAAUGUUAAAUAGCGUGGCCGAAUUUCAGAGCCAUCUACCAGCUCAGAGGCCAUCCUAAAUCCCCCCACUCUUCAAUAAUAUAUCGAGAAAAAAAAUCUUGCUCGCCGGGAAUCGAACCCGGCUCGCGCGGAUGACGGUCCGACGUCUAACGCACGCGGCUAUCGCGUACACUCGGGAAUACAUAAAUGUUAAACACUAUAUAAGCUACACGGUGACACACUACACGUAGUGCGUCUCCGAACUGCCAGAUGGCACGAAUCGCGGUACUCGGCCAGCUUCCACUCUAUAUGAUCCUCUUUGUCUUUUAUAUGUCUAUGGCUGGGAAUACGAGCGUUUGCAAAUGUCAGCAUGAGUGUUACCAGUGCCGAGCGCGGGAGCGUUGAUUCUCCGGUUGCUCUGUGCGCCGCGCGAGAAGAAUGUGCCUCGAGUGGCUCGAUCGCCAAAUAAACGUGCGAGAACGAACCGUCUCUUCCGGCCUGAAGACGCUGGGGGGCAGGAUUGGGGAGGAAAAAAAAAGAAACUGUCGUUUGUUUCGGUACAUGCCCGGCUAUUAAGGAUGUAUUACAUAUACCUUCCCAGCAAAAAAUACAGAUACGGAACAGUGCGGGCAAGUUAUGGCUGGUGGCGAUAAUAUGCGAAUACAACCUGGUCAGACACACCAGAUGGGAGUGAGUAGGACGCAGGACGAUGCUAUGGUUGGUUACGUGUUUCAACGACCUACAGAGCCAGAAUUUAACACCCAGUCUUCAGCUUUUCAAGCAAAGCAAGCUCCGAGAGCUUGGGCAUUGGCGGACGAGGUUAUCGUUGAUAAUAAUCAAGAAAAGUGGAAAUAUUCAAUGACUAAGCUUGGUGUACCUCAACAAAGUCAAUCUCAGCAAUUGGGAUUAACUAUGAACAAUGUACAUUUGAGUAAUGUACCAUACGAGAUACAUCCAAUGCAAUUAAAAAGCGGUGCACCUGGUGCUGAACACUUGGUUUAUCUGAACAAUCAGAUGACUGCUCAACAACAGGUCGCUCUCUUUCAUCACCAGCAGCAGCAGCAGCAACAACAAUUCAGAAACGGACAGAUCGCUCCCUCGACAAAAAAGCUCUGGGGCGUGGACGAGGGCGGCUCCAAGGACGAAGGGGGUGUAAAAGGCGGUGGGACCCUGCUUCACCUGGGCGACCACCCGACUACCAUGUGGCGGGAUUCCACCUGGAGUACGACGUCAGAUCAUGCGGUGUCUCAACCAAUUUCAAUGGGUACGGGCAGACGUGUGGGAGUUGGAACGGGAUAUCACCACCAGGCGUCAGAAGUCGGAACAGUGCUUAGUCCUAGGAGCAGUGAAACAGGUGGUUUGGGGGUCAAAAUGGUUGAAUACGUUCUUGGAUCGAGUCCCACUACACCAAAAGAUUUGGAACAACGAAUGGUGUCUUUGAGAUUGAAUGAUGGAGACAAGAAAGAAAAAGAAAAAGGUUCAGCAAGUCCUUUCGAUAGCACAAAAGAUGAUACUGGACCACAGGGUAAUGGAUUAGCUUCGCAAAAUGGUUUAGACGACGACAAAGGAUUUAACCGCACACCUGGGAGCCGACAGCCGUCACCAGGCGAAGAGGAAUUUCAAAAGAAUGCUGCCGCUACUCUGGCUGCGAGCGCCAGUGGUGGUGCUAACGUCGUGCUGCUGAAACCCGGAAUCGACGUUGUCGGCAGCGAGGAACAUUUUAUGGCGGCAUUUGCGCCGGCACCACCGCACCAUCUGCAGCAUCACCAGGCGCCGCCGACUCAUCAUCUACAACAUCCGCACUCGCACGCUGCGCAGCUCUUUGGGGCGCAAGCUCCGCCGCCGCCUCAGGGCCCACCACCCUCGCAGCAACAGCAACAGCAACAAGGUCCUCCGCAGCCGCAAGACACCCCUACGCACUUUGACGUCCAGCAACUGUUCCGCAGUCAACCGCAAGGCGCGACUCCGCAGCAGUUACAACUUCUGCAGCAGCAACAGCAGCAGCAGCAGCAACAGUACCUAGCUGCAUCCCAAGCGCAACAGCAGCAGCAGCAGCAACAGCAACAAAACUUUCCUACGGCCCCUUACACCGUUAUCAGUGGUCAAGAGCCUUACGUAGGGGCGCUGAUAGCUGGGGCACCACCUCCCGCCGUGGUACCGCAGUACUAUGGUGUCGGACCCUGGGUCUAUCCGGCUGGAUUGCUGCCGCAGGCACCACCUCAGGCGGCCGCGCCACCGCCACCUCGGCGACCGCUCACCCCCUCUUCGGCAGCGGCUGCGGCCGCCGCCGCGCAGGACACCGCCAACAAUCUGGCACAAACGGUACAGGGUCAGUAUCAGGUGAUACCGGCUUAUUACGAUCAGAACGGCUCCAUCGUCAUGGGAGGCGUACGAGGACUAGGUUCGGCGGCAACCCCCAUGAGAUUAGUCAGCCCUGCACCAGUUUUGGUGAACCGAGCCCCGUCCCAACCGCCACCAGGUCCACCGGCACCACCGCCGCCAAAUCUAUAUUCUCAACCAACACCGACGUCGCACAGCAACGCUACGCCCGGCGAGUGCCUAGGUCUGGCGGCGUGCAGCGCAGCAGCGGUGGUCGCACAAGCUCAGGCAGUUGCGGUGCAACAGGCGCAGCAGCAAAGCUCUGGACUUGCUGCGGGUUUAGCGGCUCUAGGAUACGGCGGAUCCCCGCUCGGGGCAUUGGGCUCGCCUGCCCAACUGCAGAACACAGGUUUAGGCCUCGGUGCGUCUUCAACCGGCAGACGAGAUUCCUUUGAUAGAAAUACUUCAGCCUUCAGUCCAAGCUUGGAAUAUAGCCGGGCGAAGUGGCCUCAGAGUGGUUACGGCGCCCUCGGUACAGUUACCGCUUCACCGAGUCCUCUGGGCCUGUCAUUAACACCACCGCCAACUUUAGGAGGAUCUCUGGGUGGUCUUGUCGGUGGAGCCAGUCGAGUAUCAGCAGCCCCCGGUGCCGAAGCCAAGUUCCGCGCCAGCGCGGUACCCACCCUAACCGCCAACGGAGUGUUUGGCUCUAGUAGUUCUCUAUUUCCUAAUCUCGUAGGCAAGCCUGGCCGUGGAGGCGCCGCUAAUAUCAGCGACAAAAAUUCCGGAGGACGUUCCCGCCUAUUGGAAGAUUUUCGAAACAAUCGUUACCCGAGUCUUCAGUUGCGCGACUUGGCCAAUCACAUAGUCGAGUUCAGUCAAGAUCAGCAUGGUUCGCGAUUUAUUCAGCAAAAAUUGGAACGAGCCUCGGCUAACGAGAAACAGCUCGUGUUCCAAGAGAUUCUUUCCUCCGCAUACUCCCUCAUGACAGAUGUCUUCGGCAAUUAUGUCAUUCAGAAGUUUUUCGAAUACGGUACACAGGAACAGAAAUCGACUCUCGCCCAAAAGGUUCGUGGACAUGUUUUACCACUGGCACUGCAGAUGUAUGGCUGCAGAGUCAUACAGAAGGCUCUCGAGUCGAUCGGACCGGAACAGCAGCAGGAAAUCGUGCGGGAACUGGAUGGACAUGUAUUGAAGUGCGUUAAGGAUCAAAACGGCAAUCAUGUUGUGCAAAAAUGCAUCGAGUGUGUUGAACCGCGAGCACUGCAGUUCGUGAUAGGAGCGUUUUCGGGACAGGUGUACUCUCUGAGUACUCAUCCGUACGGUUGCCGAGUGAUCCAACGUAUUCUCGAGCAUUGUACUCCUGAACAAACUCAAGGAAUCUUACAAGAGUUGCAUGCUGCCACUGACCAAUUAAUCCAGGAUCAAUAUGGCAAUUACGUCAUUCAACAUGUGCUUGAGCAUGGAAAGCCUGAAGAUAAAGCACAAUUAAUCGGCAGUGUUCGAGGUAAAGUACUCGCUCUUUCUCAGCAUAAGUUUGCAAGCAACGUUGUGGAAAAAUGUGUCACUCAUGCUACAAGACAGGAACGCGCUGUACUGAUUGAAGAAGUUUGUGGCUUUAACGACAACGCGCUGAACGUGAUGAUGAAGGAUCAGUAUGCGAAUUACGUCGUUCAGAAGAUGAUCGACGUCGCCGAGCCGGCGCAGCGCAAGGUGCUGAUGCAUAAGAUCCGGCCACAUUUGGGAAGCCUGCGCAAGUACACCUACGGCAAGCACAUCAUCGUUAAACUGGAGAAGUUCUUCAUGAAGACUGCUUCGGCGAUGGGAGUAGGAACAACGCCCGCUGCGUCGACGAGCAGCGGAGGCAGCGAUCUCGGCCCGAUCGGACCGCCUGCAUCCGCCGCGUCCGGUUCUGUCUCGACGUCGAACCAGCAGUCAACGCAGGUUUUAUAAACGCGCGUGCACGGGAUCGCCUCUCGCCGCGGAAAAGGAGAAAGGAGGUCCGCAAAAAAAAAGAGGCAAGAAGAACUGCAAUAUCCGCACGUCGCAUUAAGUACUACGCUAUCUUUUAUCUUAGCGAGAUCUGUUCUAUUUACCGACGGGAAUGACGAUUUUCAACGAAUUUCCCACGUUUGUUUCUUUUCUCGUUUUGCCCCGUGUCCUUUGAAGGCAAGAGAAAAAGAAGCAGCAAGAAAAAAAAGCUCGAACGAUUGUUUCCCGUGAGAAAUUUACUAAUGUAACAAUUUUUCUUAUUUUUGCAAUUGAAGUUGACGAUACUUGUACAGUAACUAGCUUCUUCAGGACCCGGGCAACGCGAUAUCACGUUAUGGCGAAGUCCGUUCUAACGAGAACCCCACGAAAAAAGCAGUUUGUAGAAACGAGAAUAGAUACGUUGUAGCGCAUUUUUCUAUCGUUUUGCAAUACGUACCUCUACAUGGGGAGAAUCACGUGCGUUAGAGAUAUUGGCAUUACCGAGUAUAUUGAAUAUAUCGAGCAUACCGAGUAGAAGUUGCACUAUGAUUUUUGAUUUGCAAAUAAUGUUUCACGAUUGGCUCGACGAGUUUCAGGUAUGUUUCACGACCAAUCGGCGCAUGCGGAGCUAAGCUAUUGGCUAGUCUUGCGCCGUAUAAAAUUAAAUUUCGUAUAGAUCCGUAAAAGAGGAUUGCUCGAUUAUUGAAUUAUCGUGCAGAGCAGUUACACUGGAUUUAUUAAAUGCGUUACGUCCCCUCGAUUUAGCACAUAAAAAAAGGGAAAAAAGUAAAAGCUUUAUCCUCCGGCGAGAAUUAACAAAAAUGGAGCAUUAUGGAUGUGCAAGGCGUCUCAUGCGAGAAUUACACUUGACGAGAACGUUAACAAGCUUUUACGAGGGCGACGCGACAAAAUCACGGACAGUUUUAGAGACAGUUAGGUCUUAGUGCUGCAUGCAUUUAUAUCGAAUUGUACGAGGGUUGUAAAACAGUACACGAAUAUUGUAUACACGUGCGCGCGCGCGUUCACACAAAACCCACACUAUACACACAUACACACACCCAACACACCGCGCGUAAUGUGUGACGUUCCCGAUCCCGCGUAUACCGCGCUGCUUUCUCUCUUUUACACGCAACUGCUGCUUUAGUAUUAUUUUUAAACGUGCGGUAUGCGCUCGAUCGACGAAUCAACAGACGAGAGAAUAAGGUUAAAACUUGAGAGAAGUAGAAGUUUUUAGGAGUUAUAGAUAUGUUGUUUAAAUGUAGCAUAGCGUUUAACAUGGGAAUAAUGAAAAAUCAGGCAUUGACCCCUGAACCUGGACCUCAGACCUGACCAUCGAUCUGUCCCCUUGAGACUACUUGGAACGUUCACAAAGAGCGAUUAUUUCGGUAUUUGUUUUCUUUAUUUUUUCUUUCUUUUUUAACGUCCAGAUAACUUGCACAAGUUUUCAAAUGAGAAAAAGGUUUAGUUUUUUUUUUCAUUCUUGUUCACAUUAAUUUCUCUUGAUUACUUGACACGUACAAAGGGAAGUGAAGACAGAUAUGAAAAAGCAGGCAAAGUGAAGAGGCAACAAGAUAGAACUGUUCACUCUGUUUUCGUUCACUUUUCAUGCUCGUAACUUCCGGGAGUAAGGAACAUACCUUUUCUUCGCUCUCUUUCUCCCUCUGUUUCUCAUUUCCAUUAUCUCGUAUUCCUCCAUCCCCUUCGAGCCUUCUUGAGAUCCUCGAAUUUUGUAAAUUGUGAUAUAAAUAAAUAACAAAUGUGUAUAGAUACGAAUAUCCGAAACGCGAGGACCGAUAAAUUCAGUGAAUAUUUUAUUUCCCCCGGGAACAUUUCCCUUUACUUUUGACGGAGUCUGUGAAUAUUAUGUAUUAUAUAAUAAUUACUAAUUAUAUUAAAUUUAUGAUUUACGUUCUAAACGCUGCUGUCCUAACCGUAACACACACACACACACACUCCCCCCCCCCCCCUCUUUCCACACUUUCUCUAACCAAACUUAUCCAAUUUCACAUUUUUCUGAAGUAUCUAAUUGUAAGAUAUAAACAUAUUUCAUGGAUUUGCAAAAAUA